AAAUGCUUUCCGGGGGUGUCAUGGCGUCCGCCGCCGCCGCCUCCCCGUUGCCGGAGCCCAUCCGCCGCCGCCUCAGCGAGCUCAGCCAGACCGUCUUCCUGCGGGAGGGCCGGCGCGGGGCCCAGGCCGGCCAGAGGAAGCCGCCGGCCGACGAUAACCUGGUUUCGAACCUGGGCCUGCAGAUUAUCCUCUACUUCAACCUCUGGUACUUCCCGUUCUGGUGGUCCUGCACUGUCAUCAUGCUACAUCUGAAGUUCUGGCAGCUGAUGGGAUAUUUCCAGAUGGUGCAGAUCGCUAUCCUGGUGAUUGUGAGUCUGGUGGAGCUAAUCAGGAUGUAUCUGGGCUACAUGGGAAACCUGCAGGAGAAGGUGCCGGAGUUAGCUGGGUUCUGGCUGCUGACCUGCCUCAUCCAGGUGCCCGCGGUGCUCUAUCUGUGCCUGUAUGAAAAGCUCCUGGUGCUGCCCGUUGAGAAGGCGUUAAACAGUAUCUACUUGGCCUUGUUUCUGGGGGAGCUGAUGACGGGUUUCCUCGCCCUCAGGGAGAUGGCCUCUCAACUCCAGUCACGCUUCCAUCUCCGACAAUUCGAUCAUCUGGAGGAGAGAGCCCAUCCCGGCCCCCAGCUCCCUGUCUGACCCCUCCUCCCCCACCCCCA